AUGGGGUCCGACCUGCUCGCACACUUUGAGACGGGCACCUACCGCCGCAACAACACGUUUCUUGGGGACGAGGAGUACGGCCGCGCGCUGGACUGCUUCGUGAAGGGUUGCGCAGAUGUGCUGAUGCAAGACGAAAGCACGGGGCAGCUGCUCAUCAUGCGGCGCAUCGUGCAUCCCCAGCCUGACUGGUGGUUUGUCGGCGGCCGCAUGCGGGCAGGCGACACGCCCGAGGCGGCGGCGCAGAAGAACGUGCUGCGUGAGACGGGGCUGCGGUUGCCCCUGGACCGCUUCACACCAGUCUGCACGACGUCCAUGCUGUGGCAGAAGCGCAAGCAGGAGCCCGAGGACAACGGCACUGCAGACAUCGCGGUCGUGUUCCUCGUCCGCCUGACCGAGUCUGAGCGCACCGCCAUCAAGGCUGACAGCGAAGAGUACGACGAGAUGGCCUGGAUGGCGCCGGAGGCCGUCGCGGGCGGCGGCGACUACCACCCAGCCCUGCGAAGGGCGGCGCAGCACGUGCUGGCCCAUGCGGCAUACCUCGGCCUCGAGGCGGCUGCGGGGGCGGGCGGGGACGACGCCACGGUGGCGGCGGCCGCCCGCGCGUACGUGUCCGCGCAGGCGACAGCCAAGCAGCUCGGGACCCUGCCGGUGCCUUUCAAGCAGCUGCGCGCGGCGCCGUCCGCGGCACAGAAUGCCUGA